CUUUUUCCAUUCCGACAUAUCCAUCGUGAAGAUGUCCGAAAGUGUUAUUUCAUCAAAACUUCAAGCUGGAUCCUCUUUAUAUUGAUAGUUUGCAACUACAAUAUUCAACAUGGGUCGAAAAGUCAUCGACCGACGGACUGGAGCCGUGGGUCGCCGUCGAAAUGCAGCUGCUUCCAUGGCAUCUUCGAAUAUCUCGACCCCAGAUCACCGGGAUGCUAUUUCAGACUCCGAGACUGGAACUCCUUCGACGCCCUCACCUUCUCGUGAUGUUUCAGAUGCGUUGAUUGACUUUAUCUGUCAAAAUCGGCCAUCACAACCUCCUCGUAAGCGGCAAAAGACUACAGCCAAGUCCAGUGUUUCGAGAGACAAAGAACCAGAACUCGAGCACAUAAUCGUGAAGCAGCCAUCCUGGGAGUUAAAACUUUCAGGUAUUAGAUUGACUGAGCUCAAAACACCAAUUACAAGGACGAAUAUCCCGGUCUAUGUUCAUUGGACUGGGAGUCGUGGAGUUGCUGAGUACAUCGAAAUCGAGGACGAAACUAAAGCCAUUGUAUUCCAUGCUCCUUUGCCACCAAAGGAAGACUUAGAGGAUGUCCACCUGGCCCUUCUCGUUCACCGAGACUCAAAGAAAUGGGCAAAAACCCAGGGCCGUAUCUGGACAGAAUUCGAUGUUACCUUGGAUCACGAAAAGGAACAGUACUUUCUGAGAAUUGGUUUCACAAUUCGAUGGAAUACAACUUCGUCGCCUUAUAACAUACAACAGGCUAGUGCCCGGAUACCAAGCCUUUCGAGCGUCUUGGAAAAGUACUUUCCAGAUCCUGCAGUCACGAAGGGCGAGCAAUGGUCUCCUCAAGACUUUUACCAAAGUGUACACAUGCCUGAGAAGAAUGAUGACGCUUCCAUCACAAUGAAGGUCGAGGGCCUAGAGACGGAAUUGUACCCUUUCCAGAAGAGAGCUGUUCAGUGGCUUUUGCGUCGGGAAGGAGUCGAAUGGUCCCGUGAUGGCCGAGUAAGACAAUAUGUCCCAACUGACCAUGAGGAGCUGCCGGUAUCUUUCAUAAAGACACAGGAUGGUCUAGGGCAACCUUGUUAUGCCAGUCACUUGUAUUCUUGUGUUACUUCCAACUUGAAGCCUUUCAUCGAUUUCGAGCGACAACUGAAGGGUGGCUUGCUAGCCGAGGAAAUGGGUCUAGGCAAGACUGUCGAAGUUAUCGCUUUGAUCUCUCUUCACAAGCGCCCAAAGGAGCAAUCAGAGGUUUAUGAUGUCUACUCUGGUCAAAAUGUCCGUCCAGCCAAAGCGACACUGAUCAUAGCACCUCCUUCCAUUUUGCAGCAAUGGAUAUCCGAAAUAAACCGACACGCUCCGCAUCUUAAGGUCUUCCAUUACAAAGGUAUCAAGACAUAUAGCAAACAAGAAAAGCUUCUGGAAGACUUGCUGUUGGCAGAUGUUGUCAUUACGACUUACUCGAUUCUUGCAGCGGAAAUUUAUCAUACUCCUUUGAAUCCCGAGAAGACCUUGCGGAAGGAAUCGAGAUAUCCGAGACCAAAAUCGCCACUGAUGACGUUGUCUUGGUGGAGAUGCUGUAUCGAUGAAGCCCAGAUGAUUGAAAGCGGGGUGAGCAAUGCUGCUGUCGUGGCGAGAAUGAUUCCUCGAGUCAACGGAUGGGCCGUGAGUGGAACUCCUGUUCGAAAGGACGUGAACGAUCUUCGAGGGGUUUGCGUAUUUCUACGCUACGAACCUUUUGCUUCUAUAAAGCAUGUUUGGUCGAAAUUGAUUUCUGACCACAAAUCGGAUUUUGGCAAGGUAUUUGGUAAUUUGGCUCUUCGCCAUAGUAAACAAAGCGUCCGAGAGGAGCUGAAAUUGCCUGCUCAACGAAGAUAUGUCAUUACUUUACCUUUUUCGCCGAUCGAAGAGCAACAUUAUCAAGAACUCUUCAGCCAGAUGUGCGAGGAAGUAGGCCUUGAUGCUCAAGGAAACCCUGUGACAGAAGACUGGGAGCCCGAAGCUGCUUCGCAUUUCAUGAGAAGAUGGCUUGUCCGUUUACGCCAGACAGCCCUACAUCCUGAGAUAGGAGGUCGAAAUCGUCGAGCACUUGGUCAAAAGGAUGGUCCUCUCCGCACAGUCGAAGAAGUGCUGAACGUAAUGAUCGAGACGACCGAUGUUGCCAUUCGGACUGAUCAACGAGCUUUGCUAAUGUCGAAGCUCAAACGUGGACAGUUGUUCGAAAACUCUCCAAGAGUUAAAGAAGCGCUGGUAAUCUGGGAAGAAGCAGUGAAGGAAGCAUCACAACUUGUCGAAGAAUGUAGGGAGAAUUUGCGUCUUGAAUCUGCCAAUGUCACAGAAGAAGGGAAACAAGUUUCGAAAAAAGGUAAAGAGGUCGAUGACGGAAUGGACGAUGAUCACAAGAAUGAUCCAUCCUCCCGACUUACGGUAUCACGAAUUCGUUUGAGAUCAGCCUUAGAGGUUCUCCACGUUGCGGUUUUUUUCCGAGCAAAUGCGAUAUUCCAGAUCAAGGAGAUGACCGUGGACACUGAAUCGGAAGAAUUUAAGGCUUUAGAAAAACAAGAGAAGGAAGAGUACGAGGCUGCCAAGGAGAUUCGGCGAGAGAUCCUUCAAGAGAUAUUCCAACAAGCAAACACACUUAUGGGAAACGUUGCAGAGAAAGCAGCCACUCAAUCCUUCGUCCAGAUUCCCGAACUGCCUUCUUCUCCUCCAAGAGGUGGCCUAGAAAGCCGCCGCAUCAUGGAGCAAUUUCAUGAGUGGGCCAUCGCUAUGGAUGCUCAGGCGAAUACCCUCGACGAGUGGAGAGAGAAGACCAUCGAAUAUCUUCUGCGACCCCUGGUUGAUGAAGAUGAUGGAAUUGACACCACAGGAGAUGAGUAUGAGGAUUCAACGAAGCUUCAAGAUGAAGUCGAAGUCUAUCUACAAGUCUUACGUGCAGCUGUUGCUGAUCGACACGAUGCUCUCACGGGAUUGACCAAUAUGCUUGUGGAUUAUGAUAUGAAGCAGGCGUUGAGAAUAGCAACAGGUACCUUCGUGACAGCAGACUCCGAGGAAGAUGUCAGGGGUCCUGCGCCUGAGAAAAUGAUAGAGUUGCUUUCGAUCAGACGCCAGAUCAAACCAACAUCUAAGAUGGGAUCAUUGCGAGGAGUUGUUGCAGAACUUCGAGCCUUAGCAACCUCACUAAGACCCGACGCCGAGAAUGGCAGCACACGAGCACAGAAUGAGCUCACCAUUGUCGAAGAGCAGUUCAAAAAUGCGCAGAAGCACUUGAAUGAACAAAUGAAGGUCACUACAGCCCUCGAAAAAGAAGUGGAAAUGUUUACCGAAGUUAUGAACACAAGAUUGCAAUACUAUCGCUCACUUCAAGCUGUUUCGGAUUCCGUCGCUCCAUACGAAGGCCCGAAUAACGAUUCUGUGUAUACCAGGAUGCUGAGCGACGAAGAGAAGCUUCAAAAGAAGUUGGCUGUGGCUAAAUCUAAGCAAAGAUACCUCGAGCAUCUAAAAGCAGAAGCAUCGAAUCCAAGCGAACAGAGGAUAUGUGUUAUAUGCCGUGAAUCGUUUGAGCUUGGUGCUUUGACGGUCUGUGGUCACCAAUAUUGCAAGGAAUGUAUUCGUCUCUGGUGGAACGCUCAUCACAAUUGCCCCAUCUGUAAAAAGAAGCUUUCGCUUUCUGACUUGCAUGAAAUAUCCUAUAAGCCCCAAGAAUUGUCCGUCGAGACCGAGGACGUUCAUGAACACUCAUCACCCACUUCGAAGAGUAGAAAGUCCGCCAUAUACUCCGAGUUCAGCAAAGCAAAGCUUGCUGAAAUCAAGAACAUUGAGCUUGAUGGUACGGGCUCUUUUGGCACAAAGAUCGAUACCCUUGCCAGACAUAUUAUCUGGUUGAGAGAAACCGAUCCUGGCGCGAAAUCUAUCAUCUUCUCUCAAUUUUCCGACUACCUAGAAGUUGUCGCUUGCGCUUUUCAGAAGUACAGAAUUGGGUUCUCAUCAAUUGACAGGCCGAAGGGUAUCGAGAGAUUCCAGAAAGACCCCUCUAUCGAAUGCUUUCUUCUACAUGCUCGCGCGCACAGCUCAGGUCUGAAUCUGGUGAAUGCCAGUCAUGUAUUCAUCGCCGAACCAAUCCUCAAUACUGCUCUCGAGCUACAAGCUAUUGCCCGUGUUGACAGAAUUGGACAACACCAAGAGACAAAUGUCUGGCUUUAUCUCGUUGACGGAACCGUUGAGGAAAACGUCCAUCAGCGUUCAAUUCAGCGUAGACUUCAGCACAUUGGCCAAAGACUAUCUAAAGCCAAGGGAAAAGCAAAAGAGGUAGUCCCAGCCGAGCUUCUUGAUGCUAAUCUGGAGGAGGCGAAUUCUUUGGAGCUACAGGAAGCUAGUCUGACGGGUCUGCUUACAAAAGGAGAGGGUGGCAAAGGCGGCGAGAUGGUGGCCAAAGAGGAUCUGUGGGACUGCUUAUUUGGUGGCGUUGCCCAAAGGACUGCGAAUCGUGCACUUGAUGGCAGUUCGUUGAGAUUAGAUGUGGAGGUUGGGAGACAUCUUAGAGCUGAGGCAGCGGAGGAAAGGAUGGCUGUUCAGGGUCUGGAGGCCUAAUAUACUGUACCUAGGUACUAUAUGAUAAUGAUAGCGAGACGAACACACAUGACAGUCAAGCAUAAAGUGUA